UUUAGUUCGAUGGCGAAUGCCCGGCGGUGAGCAAGUAGGGAAAUCUGGAAAUCUGGUAUCUGGCUGAGUUGCUGAGUGCUCGGCAUAAAACGGAAAACUUGUUUGGGAUGGAUAAACUGCGGGGCAACAAUGCGGCUGCUGGUGGUGCUGUUCCUUUUCCCGGUGAGAAUCCCUUCAAGCGGCCAAUGAAUGCCCUGCAGAAGCAGUGGUAUCGCGUUUUGCUUGCCCGCCGAGUGGGCUUCGGGCAACGUCCUCCUCCCGAUGAAAAGGAGCUAACGUACGCCGACAUUUGUCGCAAGCGUUAUGCGGCCUCGUUCCGGCGAUACAACGAGCGUUUCCGCCGGGAAAUGGCCAAGCACGAGGAGAUGCAGCGGUGCGCCAUCGAUGCUAUGAGGGUUCACAGAACCUUUGCCAUAACCACACUUUGGCUGCCUUUGCACUCCAAGCGGGAAAUUAACUCCACAUUGGAGACCCUCGAGCAGGUCCUUACCGCCAAGGAAAGACGACGCCUGCAAGAGAUACUCAAGCAAGGACAGUCCUGGCACUCGCAUCGCUAAAGAAAACAUCCUCAACUGAUGCCAAGGACACUCCUCGGAUUCAAAUUCAGAUUCCAAUUCUGACUCAUCCUUGUACCCAUCAUCAUCGUCAUCAUCAUUAUCAUCAUCAUCAUCAUCUGCCUCGGCUAAGUGAAUACCAUUUAGCUUGGAUUUCACUCGGAUUUUUCUUCGCUCACUUCAUUUUUCACUUUUCCUUCAUUUUGUUCUUGAAAUUUCACUGUCAGUGGCCAAGGCAUUGUCGUAAAUAUUUAAUACCAGUAAAAGGCAAACUUCACUUUGGCUAAAACAGGAACUGUGUUGGGACAAGAUCAUUAUUCUGGAAGGGAUAAGAUUAUUGAACUGGCUGAAGCAAAAAGGAUUACUGCACUUUAGUUUCAAUAUUUUUUGUGUGUGAAAGCUUAAAUGACAAUUAUGUUUAAGCUUCUUAAGAAAUCUGGCUUUAUUUUGUUUAAAAAAUACUUUACACU